AUGGAGCGCUUUGAGAAGUUGCGCGCAGUUGGUACGCUGGAGCGCUACUCAACAGCCCGCCAUGACUGGAAGUUCUAUCUUGGCCCAGCAGUCACUGCCUCGUACAGGCUCCCAAAGGGCCAUUCUCAGCCGCUGAAAGACUGCAUCUACAAAGCUUUGGGAGAUGUCAUAGCUCAACAUCCUAUUCUCUCGGCCAUUCCUGUAGACGAGAGUACCCAGAAUCCGUACUUCGUUCGUCUCCCAGAGAUUCAACUCCAAAAAUGUGUCUUCUUCCGAGAACGCCAACUUGAUUCUGAUCUCGACGCGGAUGUUGAGCGGGACAUUGAAUUAGAUGAGCUCCUUAGCACUCAACACAGCGUCCCUUACGAACCGCCAAAUCCUUUUUGGCAAGUACAUAUCAUGACGAGCUCUGCUCAUCCCUCUCAGUUUACCGCAUCUUUUUUGUACCACCAUGCUCUAGGUGACGGAGCUUCGGGAAUAGCAUUCCACAGAACCUUCCAUAGCGCUUUGUCCAAGUCCUUCUCCAUCUCUCCAGCAGACCUACCUUCGACCUCAGUAAUUCCUUCACCUUCAACACCAUUACUUCCUGCCCUCGAAUCACUACACCCUUUACCCGUCUCAACCUGGUAUCUUCUCACUAUUCUCUUCAAAAACAAGAUCUGGUCCGCCCGCGACCUCGGUCUAUGGACAGGCUCCAAGUGUACCGCACCUUUUGGACAAUCAUGUGUUCGACAUCUCGCUUUCUCGGCCCGAAGCACAAUAGCAUUCAAGACUCUCUGCCGUGAGAAUGGCACGACUAUUACCGGUGCACUUCAGACACUCAUCGCCGGCGCGCUCUUUGCCCAUCUACCCGAGAAAUCCACCAAACUCGUAUGUACCGGUGCGCUUUCAGCCCGUCGAUUUCUGCCUGAGGAUGCCAGGAUUACAGAUGAUAGCAUGGGCGUCUGGAUUCUGGACAUGUCCGAAACGUAUACACGAGAUCGCUUCCCCCAACACGGCGACUCGGGACAAGGAGGACGAGAUCUUUUACCAUGGACCGAAGCCCAGCGCUCCCGCCAGAACAUUGAGCACGUCUUAAGCUCGAAAGGCCAGAAUGCAGGUGUAGGGCUGCUAGGGUAUGUGAAUGAUUAUCAACAAGAGUUGUUUCUAUCCAAGGUCGGCAAAGACAGGGACUCGAGCUUUGAAGUGUCCAAUCUAGGACUAUUCAAGCCAGCGGCGCCGGCAGAGGAAGAUGAAGGGGUGGCAAUAGGGAGGAUGGUAUUCACCCAGAGCGCCGGUGUUACGGCAAGUGCGAUUCAAGUGUCUGUAAUCACUGGGGCAGAUGGGUGCCUGGUGCUAGGAGUCUCGUGGCAGAAGGGAAUUGUGGACGAUAGACUUGUCGAAAAGGCCAUGCAAGCCGUGAACGCAGAGAUGAGACGCCUAGUAGGCACUGAUUGA